AAGCCGGCGACUUUUUAAUUUUACUAAAUUAGAAUCACACUGGUUUUAAGUCGAUCUCUAUGCAGCAGAAGGAAAAUAGACAAACAUGAAGAAGGAACGAAAGCUAUUCAUCUUACUUUCAAUUUCAAUCUACCUCAAUCAUACUGUACUCGGCACUUCGUCAGAGUCACCGAUGCCAGUUCCGGGCAAGCACUUUGUGCUAGUACACGGCUCGUGCCAUGGCGCCUGGUCCUGGUACAAGGUGGUACCGCUGCUAAAAUCGGCUGGCCACAACGUCACCGCAAUAGACCUGGCAGCUUCCGGAGUCGAUCCACAGCAGGCAAUCACUCUCCGAUCGGUCUCCGAUUACUUCCGCCCACUGACCGAACUCAUGGCAGCUCUACCGCCGCACGAAAAGGUGAUCCUCGUUGGACACAGCCUCGGCGGUCUGGCCAUCUCCCAAGCCAUGGAGAGGUUUCCCGACAAGAUUUCGGCCGCCGUUUUUGUCACUGCUUUGAUGCCGGGCCCGGCCCUCAGCGUCUCUGCUCUCGUGAACGAGUCAUUUCGGAGACAAGGCCCUCUGCUGGAUAGCCGUUACGCCUACGAUGAUGGACCCAACAAUCCUCCAACAACUUUCAUUUUUGGUCCAUUAUACCUUUCUUCGCAAGUCUACAAGCUUAGCCCAAUUCAAGAUUCAACUUUGGCAAGUAUGUUAAUAAGACCGCUGCGUUUGUUUAAUGUGGAAGAUAUGUCGAGAGAAAUAGUUGCAACCAGGGAGAGAUUUGGGUCAGUUAAUAGGGUUUUUAUAAUUUCAGAAGAAGAUUUAGUUGCAACUAAGGAUAUGCAACAAUGGAUGAUCGAGAGAAAUCCACCGGAUGAGGUCAGGGAGAUCAAAGGAUCGGAUCAUAUGGUGAUGAUGUCAAAGCCAAUAGAGCUUUUUAACAAUCUCCUUUGUAUUGCUGCCAAAUACAGUUGAUGUAUAAUUAUGUAUGCAUAUGCAAUUGAUCAUAUGAGAUGUAUUCCAAAAAUAAUAUGUACUUAAGAAGAUUGCUGCUGAAUACAGUUGAUGUAUAAUU